AGCACAUCCAAAUUAAGCCGUUGAUUCUUGGCAGAAAAAAUGCAGCUGCUGCAGAUCGGACACCUCACUCCUCGCUCUCGAUUUUCACUCUUUUUUGCCCCUUUCCCUAUCAGAUUUCAACUUUCCCCAUUUCCUCAGUCCAACUAACUACCGUCUCCACCCUUCAGCUCGUAGAUAGAAGGAGAAGAAAGAAGAGAUCAGCUCGAUCCCAGUCUGGCCGACUGGCCGUGUUUUUUCACUCAGCUCGCAAACCUAGUGAGUCAACUCGUCCUGCGUCUGUUCCAGAAGGCAGACCUUACUUCUUACUAUCUGCUGGCUCUGGAUUUACAUCUUCUCCGAUUGCGGUCUGAUUAUUCUCUCUCUUCUGAUUUGUUGCCCCCCGUGGUGCAGUCUUGAGAAAUUGAGCGGACUUCGGUUGCUAUGUCGGACCACUUCAUAGCUCCUUGGGACUUGCAGGAAGAGCCCGUCGACGAGUGCUACGGUCCUCCGUCUCCAAUCCAUGGGCAGCAGAGCGAUCAGCUUGUAGGGAAUGCAAUCCCCAAUGGUGGUAAUCCGUUUGCUGACAAUGGUGCAGCUCAAGAAGACAAGAAAUCCCUGGUGAAUGACGUUAUUAGCAACGUCGUUAAUGAGUUGAACAGCGGUGAUCUUUUCAAUGAGGGAGAGCUUCAUGGGACUGAUCAGCUUAUUGGGGCUGUUCAGCAGGGUUCUAGUGGCGAAGGUCUGCCAUAUGCUCCUGUGAACUGGCCGAACCCGGGUGACAACUGGACCUGGAAGGUAGGAAGGAGGAUUAAUACUGCUGGAUUUUUCCAGGAUAGGUUUCUUUAUCCUCCAAAGCAUUUCCCCAAGGUGACAGGGGUGAGACCUCCAUUUGCGAGCUUGAAUUCUAUUACCAACUACAUCCGGACGGUGUUUCCAGAUGCUAAUGUUGAUGCAUUUUUCUCGUCCUUCACAUGGAAGGUCCCUGGGAAAAUGGCGCCUCCUUUGAAUGCGGAACCAAUCUCCACUUCUUCCCCACAGCCUGCUCAUGGCGAUGGCGUAAAAGAGGAAGUGCAAGUGCCAGGAGAAGGCUCUCGACUGAGGAAAAGGAAGCCUAAAGAGCCCACUCCACCACCACCAUCCCCACCUCCACCCAGGCAGAAACGACGGCGCAGUGCUGCUAAAUCAUCUGCAACGAACCAGAAAAAAACAGGAGACAAAACUGGAGCUCCUUCAUCAUCUGCAGCCAAGCGAAGAACUAGGCAUACUGCUAAACAAACUGUCCCUGUCCCUUUUGCCGAUGAGGAUGUUGGAAAUAAUACCCAGGAAGAGGAGUUUAACAUUCCAAUCCCAGAAGACUUCGAUAACUACCUCCAAUCUCUAGAAGACAUCAUCGCCCAGCCAUUUUCUGACAACAUAGUUGCUGCUCAGUCAACAACAAUGACUAGGGAUCCUCCUGUGGACGAUGAUGAGAUAGCUGAAGCUCGUCACAGGCUCUCUUCCUUGCUGGUUAUGGACUUCCGUACACUAGUUUCCUCCAAGAACUUCUCUGAGCUCCCAGCCUUGGCUUCAAAACUGCGCAACGAUCCUCGCCUGACUGCCGAACAGCUCGUCAAGCUGAAGUUGAUUGAGGAAAUCUCUUCUUUCAGGGAGGUUUUUCUUGAAAGUAGGGAUAUCAUUGACCAAAUCGACAGGCAUUACGGAACCCUAGAUGCAAACAAGGCCAAAGUCGCUUCUCUUAAGAGUGAGUAUAGUGAACUGAAGGACAAAACAGACCAACUUCAGGCACAGAUAGACGGGAACAUGUCGACGGUGCACGAUAUCGACAAUGAGAUUGCUAGGCUCCAAGCUCGCCGAGCAGAGUUGAUCAGUGCAGUGGAAUCAAACAAAGCGGCUAAGUUGGAGGUGAGCCACUCACAGAAGAUGGUGGCGAGUGCGAUUCCAAAUGUUGUGCAUGAGAUUCAAAUUUCCAAUUCCAAGAUCCCAGAGUGGGAUAUGAAGCGGAGCAAUGCUGUGAAGCGGGAGGCAGAAAUCCUCGCAAAGUUUGCACCUUUGCAAGGGUUCUCCCUCAUUCCACCGCCCUUUCAUGGACUGUUUCUGUAAGUUGAGUUGAAGCCUGAAGGUUAACUUCUGUUUCAAAGCGGCAGGUGUAGUAGCAAAAAUGCAGGGCGGUUGAGUAUUGUAAUGUGCUUUUCAGCGGUGAUAUUCUCCCAACGUAGUAGAGAGAGAGAGAUAGAGAGACUUAAUCCCUCUUCUUGUUAGCUCUGUGUGAUUGUACUGAUUUAUCUAGCACAGGAGACAUACCAUUGUACUAUUUAAGCCAUAAUGCAGGCCUUAGACAUGUACUAUUCUCUGGAUAUGUAGCUUUUUUUCUUUGAGUUUAAACAGAUUCUGUGUAGCUGUUUCUUUUUUAAUUGACCGAUAUGUAUUGUGCUGAAUGUUCUUCUGGUUGCUGCACUACUUAAGAGAGUAAUUAUCAUUGUAAGCUUAGGCAUGUCUGUCAUCCA